CCCAUCGUGCCUCAGCCCCACUUCCGGUGCUAAGCCGCUCGUGAGGAAAAAAGACCGCGAGGAAACUACAAUUCCCAUACUGCCCCAGCCCAACUUCCGGCGCGCGGACUUUUCCCUCAGGAUUUUGCUUCCGCUCUAACUGCCGCAGCCGCCGGGAUGCUUCGCGGGCUGGUCCCCUUCUCCGGCCGGGGCGGCCUUCUGGGCCGGAGCCUGGCGCCGCUCCUGGCCGCGCCUUCGCGGGGCCGCAAGACGCGCCACGACCCCCCGGCCAAAUCCAAAGCCGGCAGGGUCAAGGUGCCGCCGCCCGUCGACCCGGCCGAGCUGCUGGUGGUGCUGGGCCGCUACGAGCGCUAUAGGCGGGUCAUGACCGCCCUCAGAGGCGAGUUCAAAGAAGAGGUGCUGCGGAAACAUUAUGCAGAGAAGUAUGGGGAAGUGUGGAAGCAGAGAGAGGAGGCUGCUAACAAGGAGCAUCAAGAGCUGAUGGCCUGGAAUGACGCAGAGAACAGACGUCUACGGGAACGGAGGGAGGAGCGCCUCCGGAAGGAAGAAGCAGCUGAUCAAGAACGCCGACGGCAAGGAGCCCAGAAUCGGGCUACCUAUAUGGAAGAAAUUAUCAAGGAGAAGGAGAGAGAGGUGCUCCAGUUGCAGGAAGAAGCCAAGAACUUCAUCACCCCUGAAAAUAUAGAUGAGCGGAUUGAGGAGUGCCUAGACAACCCUCGCAACUACAAUUUUGCCAUUGAUAAGGAAGGAAGGAUAGCCAAGCGGAGCUUCUUGCCUUAGCAACUCAUACCAGAGGAGCCUGGGCGUCCUGGUAUUCCCUGCCAGAGUGGUUGAGUGUCGCUUCCAUCGAGCUUCCAAAGUCACUGUGAGGGGACCAGGACUGGCUUGCUCAACUUCAUCAAUAAGACUGCUUUGAGACAUUCACCCUGAAAGAUGUAUAUCUUUGGGGUUUUACACUUCCAGAACAUUGGUGCCCUUCUUGAAGACUUUGUUGCAGUUUUUCCGUAAUAAAAUAUUGGGUUUCUCUUA